GUAGGCCUUAAGGACUCUUGGGUAGAAAGGGAAAAUCUUUUCCGUGCAGUAUUUACAUUAUUUAUUGGAAAUGUGAUUAUAUUUUUAGAGCUCUCACACCUUUGGGAAGUGAAUGAUGUCAAAAUUGUAAAGUGAGAUAAAAUAUAUGCCGGAAAGUUGAUUAACAUCAUGUCGGACACAGAGAUUAAUACCGAACAUGGCAGCCAAUCUGAGGACGAGUCCGACGGGUCAACGCUGCACAGCAAGGACACAUUAUCCGGUCAUGACGAGGAGUUUGAUGAGAAACACAAUAUUUUCGACAUUGCUCCGCCAUUGCGGGAACAGCUUUCUGCCAGAUACAAGCACAGCUUCGCCUACAGAACAUUCAGGAAGCGUGUGCCCCAAAUGCUCAACGAGCUGAUAACCUGCAUGCGAGAGAACGAAACUAGGAUCAUGGAACAGUGCGGCGAUUAUGCGCGCUACGAUCUGCGGCGCGUCAUCUGGAGCCUGGAAAUACUGCGCACAGAGGUACAGAAGAACAGCGAAUUCAAGCAUUUCGUCGACAAAGAUCCAGGUGCCAGCGAGUGGAAUAUCUUUAUUAAAAAGCUGGAGAAUCGCGAGAAAAACCAAUGGUUCACCUCCACGUGGAUGGACGCCGAGUGCUACUUGUAUCGUCGCAUUUGGGCUGCAUUCCGGCGCGCAGACACCCUCAGCAGCUACGACUAUUUCAGUCCAAAGAAAAUAUGCUCCACGCGCAAUAAUGUUUUCCUGCUGCGUAGUGUUUUGAAGGGGACACGGGAUCUUCCGCGUUGUCGGCUGCACUUUCUGUUGAUUCUGAAGCUAUCAUUGUGGGCAAAUCGCUGUGAUCUUUCAAUCAGAACCGACGCUCCAAAUGAACGCUUCAUAGAGCAAAUGGUUGAUUUCGACGAACACUUGAUCGCGGAUCAGUCCGAAGAUGUGUGGCACCUGCUGACAGAGGGCAUUCAUAGUUCCGUAUGUCCCGUCACUGUAGACAUUGUCUUGGAUAACGCGGGUUUUGAGCUCUUUGCGGAUUUGCUGCUGGGCGAGUAUUUGAUUGAGGCAGGGCUGGCGGUAAAGGUCCGCUAUCAUGUGAAGGAUAUCCCUUGGUUCGUCUCAGAUGUGACUGCCAACGACUUUAACUGGAUGCUGCAAUUCUUUCUGCGGCACGAGAUAUCAGAGCUGUCCGCCUUUGGCCGAAAACUGCGUCGAUUUAUGCGGAAAAAGUCCUUCGAGCUGUGCCAGGCGUGUAGCUUCUGGACAAAGCCUCAGUGUUUCAAGUUCAUGCGCGAAAUGGCGCCCUGUUUGUAUGUUCAGCUAAGUCUGGGCGCCUUGACCAUAUUCAAGGGGGAUCUUAACUAUCGUAAGCUGCUGGACGAUGUCAACUGGAAUUCCACAACUCCAUUUAGCGAAUGUCUCAGCGGCUUUCUGCCCACUAGCAUCUGUGCCCUUCGCUCAAUUAAGUCUGAUCUAUAUUGUGGUUUGCCCCUUUGCGUCGUCGAGUGGUUAACGGAGGAGGAUCCAAACUGGAUGUGCACUGGCGAGAAGGCGGUUAUCCAGCUGGCUGUAAAGCCGAGACCUUAAACCUUUGUUAGCUACCUCUUUUAUGGUCACAAAAGUAUAAUUUAAGCUCAGUGUUGAUUCCAAAGAUCCUUGGGCAGCUCCGAGCUGCGACUAUAUGUGCACGAAUCCAUAAUGCGUCCCACAUUUAGUUCUGGAAACUUAAUGGCGAAAGUAUAAUUAAGCUAAACAAGUUGGGAUUUCUAAGAUUUGAGUAAAUCUAUUGUCGUUUUAUUAGUUACGACCUUAAAGCUAAAUGGUAGGCCGUGUAAGUCGUAAACAUAAGUAUGACAUUCCAUAUACGCAGUAUAGACUAUAACUAUGCAUUAUUAAAUAUGAAUAGUAGAAAAAUA